AUGGAUAUUCAAAAAUGGUAUUUGAAAACUACAAAGCUGGCUCUGGCCUUGGCAAUUAUCCGUUCAAAACCAGCAGACAGAAGCAUCAGAGAAUACACAGAGCACCUUGCAAUGUUAGUUUCUGAGCAGGAGUCAAAGUGGAGAUCAAAAGUUGAAGCCUUGGAAGCUGAAGUUCUGCAAUUACGUCAAAAACUUCUUCUGAGCAGAAUUUGUGCAGGAUCAUGUAAGAGAGGAAACCUGCCUUCACAGUUGCUGGCUCAGGAACCUAGAAGUUCUGAAAAUACAUUCACUUCAAUGGAAGAUUCUGGGUGUGAUUUGUCAAAUGAGCAGAGAACUGAAUCUUUAGAGCUGUCCCAGCCUUUUCUGGAGAGCUGUACUCCCACGCCCUUUCCACCCUUGCCUCUUGUGAAAAGACCCUGUGCUACCCUGGAAAAUCCUCUGUCUUCUCACAUGCAGUUUUUACAACAUCUGCUUGAGCUGAAGAACUUGACAGACUCAGGCAGUCUGAGAACAGACUUAACCUAUUUUGAAAAAGACUCUUCCACUGUCUCUGAUUCUGUUUUCCAGUUGCUGGAUGGCCUGAUACAUUUUUACCACAAUCCCAAACUUCCUUUUUCAAGCUUUUGGACAGAAGCUGUUGAUAUUGUAGCUAGACUGAUCAGUGAUUAUAACCUAUCGAAUUAUAUUCUUAAAAAAUGUUCCAAGAAGUUGGAAGAAUUUGAGAAAACUCUACUACAGGUUAUGUUAGGGAACAACAAUAUAAAUCGGUUUCAGGUGCAGCAUUACGUCUCUCAUAGUCUGGUAAUCCUGGGAAGUUGCAAGUCGUUGAGAAAAUCCAUUGUAUCUCUGCUUCUAUCAGAAGUAAAUAGCUUUGCUGAUGAUCUGGGAGCUGUCAAUCAAGAACCAGCCAGCUACGAUGUGACACGCUAUGAAAAUACUUUCUACCUGUUCAGGGUCCUGGAGCAGCUUCUUCAAAAGGAAACCACGGAAGGCGACAUUGUAGGUCUAAGAAAUGAUGACCAAGAAAUCAAGACGUUUCUUCAGAAGCACGAUGAAAGGGUCUGCCAACUUUCCGAUGCGUUUCCUCUGUUUACUUUUUAUUUAUGGAGACUAGGCAUUCUGUUGAACUCAGAAGGGGCAGAAACUGUUCAAAACUAA